GUCCCCCUCAAGAGGCGCGACUGUCCCGCUAGCCGGCUGAUGGAUCAACCAAGGCCACUCAGCGCGCACCGCCGACGCUCUCUAGCUCAUUUGCAUAUAGACGGGCGCGGCGCUGCGACAGGAGGGAACGCGGGCGCGGCCCCGGGCCGUGGCGCGCGCGCGCCCUGACAGCUCGGCCCAGCUCGCUCACUCGCUUGUUCCCGGCUUCCGAGCACAGCAUGGCGGUCAAGGUGCAUACAACCAAACGAGGUGAUCCUCAUGAGCUGAGAAACAUAUUCCUCCAGUAUGCCAGCACUGAGGUGGACGGGGAGCAUUACAUGACACCAGAAGACUUCGUUCAACGCUAUCUUGGCCUGUACAAUGAUCCAAACAGCAACCCAAAGAUUGUGCAGCUCUUGGCAGGAGUAGCUGAUCAAACCAAGGAUGGGUUGAUCUCCUAUCAAGAGUUUUUGGCAUUUGAAUCUGUUCUGUGUGCCCCAGAUUCCAUGUUCAUAGUGGCUUUCCAACUGUUUGACAAGAGUGGAAAUGGAGAGGUGACAUUUGAAAAUGUCAAGGAGAUUUUCGGGCAGACAAUUAUCCAUCACCAUAUCCCUUUUAACUGGGACUGCGAGUUCAUCCGGCUGCACUUUGGGCACAACCGCAAGAAGCACCUGAAUUAUGUGGAAUUCACUCAGUUCCUCCAGGAGUUGCAAUUGGAACACGCAAGGCAAGCCUUUGCGCUGAAAGACAAGAGCAAAAGCGGCAUGAUCUCGGGUCUGGAUUUCAGUGACGUCAUGGUCACCAUCCGGUCCCACAUGCUCACGCCUUUUGUGGAGGAGAACCUGGUCUCAGCUGCUGGAGGGGGUACCUCACACCAAGUUAGCUUCUCCUACUUCAACGCAUUUAACUCCUUACUCAACAACAUGGAGCUGGUUCGUAAGAUCUAUAGCACUUUAGCAGGCACCAGGAAAGAUAUUGAAGUCACCAAGGAGGAAUUUGCUCAGAGUGCCAUACGCUAUGGACAGGUUACUCCACUAGAAAUUGAUAUCCUGUACCAGCUCGCGGACCUAUAUAAUGCUUCAGGGCGCUUGACUCUGGCAGACAUCGAGAGAAUAGCUCCGCUGGCUGAGGGAGCCUUACCUCACAACCUGGCAGAGCUUCAGAGGCAGCUAACAGUGGGGCCUGGAAAGCCAUAGGUGUGGCUCAGAGUGGGCUCCUCAGCACACAGGACAAUUUUGCUUAGUGUUUUCGGAGCUGUGGGGGCCACUGCGGUAUAUCCCAUAGACCUGGUGAAGACCCGGAUGCAAAACCAGCGUGGUACAGGCUCUGUGGUCGGGGAGCUGAUGUAUAAAAACAGCUUCGACUGUUUUAAGAAAGUGUUGCGCUACGAGGGUUUCUUUGGACUGUACCGAGGUCUGAUCCCACAGCUGAUAGGAGUUGCACCAGAAAAAGCCAUCAAGCUAACGGUUAAUGAUUUUGUCCGGGACAAAUUUACCAGAAGAGAUGGCUCUAUCCCACUGCCGGCAGAAAUCCUUGCUGGAGGUUGCGCUGGAGGCUCGCAGGUCAUCUUUACCAACCCUCUGGAGAUAGUGAAGAUCCGCCUGCAGGUAGCCGGAGAGAUCACCACAGGACCGAGAGUCAGCGCUCUGAAUGUGCUUCAGGACUUGGGACUUUUUGGGCUGUACAAGGGUGCCAAAGCGUGUUUCCUCCGAGACAUUCCCUUCUCUGCCAUCUAUUUUCCCGUGUACGCUCACUGCAAACUCCUCCUGGCUGAUGAGAACGGACGCGUGGGAGGCAUCAAUCUCCUGACAGCGGGAGCCUUGGCAGGUGUACCUGCUGCUUCUCUGGUAACCCCUGCUGAUGUCAUCAAGACAAGACUGCAAGUGGCCGCCAGGGCCGGCCAGACAACAUACAGUGGGGUCGUCGACUGUUUCCGAAAGAUUCUCCGGGAAGAAGGGCCCUCGGCAUUUUGGAAAGGGACUGCAGCUCGGGUGUUUCGGUCCUCACCUCAGUUUGGUGUCACCCUGGUGACCUACGAGCUUCUGCAGCGGUGGUUUUACAUAGAUUUUGGAGGCCUCAAACCUUCUGGCUCAGAACCAACGCCAAAGUCACGAAUCGCAGACCUCCCUCCCGCCAACCCCGAUCACAUCGGUGGCUACAGACUUGCCACAGCCACUUUCGCUGGCAUCGAAAACAAGUUUGGCCUUUACCUCCCCAAGUUUAAGUCUCCUAGCGUAGCCGUGGCUCAGCCCAAGGUAGCAACAGCAGCAGCUCAAUGACAUAGCAAGUACAGACCGAGGCCCAGGAGAAUGGACGGUACCAUGUCCAGUCUGCUGCAUGGUACUGUCUGCGCUGGGGCCAACCACUUUCUAUACAACCUAUACAUGUAUUGUUUAUAAAGUGAUCAUGCGCCCAGGGAGAGCCACAGUGCAGUUUCAAGCUUUAGUCUUACUUGUUGAAAUGUUUUCUGAGCCUUGGCAUGAAUUACGUGUUCUAGACUCUGCUUCGCACAGCUUGUACCUACAGUGACUGUACAUAUUGUACAUCUUUGUACAGAGACACCUUGGCACCUCAUCCCAAGAAAUCAUGUUUAUAAACAUGUAAUGCUGUUCCGAGUGGCUUGAACUGUACAGAAUGUUUUGAAAGUGUUUUAUUAUGAAUCAUGUAAGAAUAAAUGUACUAAAGUUAAAUUCUUUCUCCUCCUGGUGACUUAUGGAAAUCAAGCAUCCGUGUUUGAAUGUAUCCGGUUUCAGUUUGUUUUCCAUUCUGGAAUAGGAAGGUAUUUGCUGAUAAAAGGCAGAGUGAAACUUAAUGCUCACCACCUUAAAUAAGAAACGUGUAGGAAGGGUACUUGCCCGUGGAAGCCGGAGGACCAGUCGGUGACUCAUGAGCUGCUGUGUUUCCAGUCAUUUGUAGCUGAGUUUAAUCCUCCUGUCAGCUAGAAGCAGCUCCUUAUGUCCUCACACACAGGAACAGGGUGGGCUCCAGCACCACUCGCUUAGUUCUGUUUUUCUCCUUUGCAGCAAGGUAAAGGUCAAGAUGUUGAAAGAGUAAAGUUUGGAAGUUUCCCUUCGUAAAGUAUGAUACGAAUCAAAAAUAAAAGCACACCAAAAUGUCUGCAUGGAG